GCAGAAAAAAUGGAAUAGACCACAUGAAGAAGCAUGUGAAGUUUAUUUUUAUGCAAGAUGUUAUUUGGAGGACCAAGUACACUUUUUCAGGCCAUGGGAGAUGAAAGACUAAUCACAUGAUAUUUUUGUUCCGUCGAAGUGCUGUUCUGUGCUAAGUCAAUGUUGGUUUGUAUUAAGGACAAAUGUUAAUUUCUUAAUGUCAGCAUGUCGACUGUGGCAAGUGCUCAGACACCGGAGGAACCUAAUCCUCCCCCCCUUGAAGAAAAGCCAAAGGGAAAAUCACUAUUUCAUCUGGGUUCGCUCUUUGCUAACAGGAGUGAAAAAUUUGUAAUUGCUAGGAGUGAUAGUGUACCAGAGGAGAACGUUCUGAAAAUAACUAUCACAGAGACUACGGUCAUUGAGUCGGACUUGGGCAUCUGGAAUUCUCAUGCUCUCAUCUACCUCACUUUGUGGUUUUUCUUCAGCUUUUGCACUCUUUUUCUUAACAAAUACAUUCUUUCAUUACUGGAAGGAGAGCCCAGCAUGCUAGGUGCUGUUCAAAUGCUUUCAACCACCUUCAUUGGCUGUAUAAAAAUGUUUGUUCCAUGCUGCUUGUAUCAACACAAAACACGCAUCUCUUAUCCACCCAAUUUCAUCAUGAUAAUGCUGUUUGUUGGACUAAUGAGAUUUGCAACAGUAGUCUUGGGUCUUGUCAGCUUGAAAAAUGUGGCAGUUUCAUUUGCAGAAACUGUUAAAAGCUCUGCACCUAUUUUCACUGUUAUCAUGUCUCGGAUGAUAUUAGGAGAAUACACUGGAUUGCUGGUUAAUCUCUCUCUCAUUCCUGUUAUGGGUGGGCUAGCUCUAUGUACAGCUACUGAAAUCAGUUUCAACAUUCUAGGUUUCUCAGCAGCUUUAUCUACUAAUAUCAUGGACUGUUUGCAAAAUGUCUUUUCCAAAAAACUACUCAGUGGAGAUAAAUACAGAUUUUCAGCCCCGGAGCUUCAGUUCUACACAAGUGCUGCCGCAGUGGUUAUGCUUAUUCCAGCUUGGAUAUUUUUCAUGGAUGUGCCUGUGAUUGGGAAAAGUGGGAGGAGCUUCAGCUACAACCAAGAUGUUGUUGUACUUCUCUUAAUAGAUGGAGUCUUGUUCCACCUACAAAGUGUUACAGCCUAUGCCUUGAUGGGAAAAAUUUCUCCUGUGACUUUCAGUGUUGCUAGUACUGUGAAGCAUGCGCUGUCAAUCUGGCUAAGUAUUAUUGUGUUUGGUAACAAAAUCACAAGCCUCUCAGCCAUUGGGACUGUUCUAGUGACAAUUGGAGUUCUGCUAUAUAACAAGGCAAAGCAGCAUCAGCAAGAGACUAUACACAGCCUGGCAGUUGCAGCCCCGCAAUCCGCACAAAGUACAACUGAAGAUACUGAGCCACUCAUUUCCAAGGAUUUGGAACCGUAUGAUUAAUAUGGCCAUUUAUUCUUCCAACCUAGUGUAACUCAAAGGAGCUCUUCCUGAAAGUGGUUGUUUCUUCAACUGUUGAUGCUGAUUUGGUUCCUUUGAGUUCAUGGCAGGCCAAGCCUGGGUCUUGAAGCAGGGAGAAAACAAUGGGAAGAAUCCAGUAAGCUUUGAUUUACUGAGAAACUGGUAUACCAGAGGACCUAGUAUCAUAUAACGUGGUAAACGUGGUCUUUAUUGUCUUUCCUCGACUGCAAAUAACAUACAAGCCUAUAUUAGAGAAAGAACUUCAGUGUCAUGUGGGAAAACGAUUCCUUUCUCCCUACCCGUCAAAAUAAUGUGAAAACACGGACCCAUCACUGUAUUCUGCUUGCUUGCAGUGGAAUGAAAUUGGUGCAUAACUGAAAUUCCUAGCUGGUUGUACUCUACGCUGCCUGCAUCCUCCAUCAUUUGUGUGCGUUGUAGAACUGGAAGAAGGAACCCCCUCCUCUCCCAACAAAUGACUCAUUUUGGUAUACGUUUAGUUGAAGUAAACUAUGGAAAUGAGUCCAUGCCCCAAAGCAGAGAUGAGCAGCUAUUUCUGACUGCAAAGCUAGGAAUGAAAAGUGAUUUUUCUACUAAAAUUUAACAUGGAAAUAUUGCAUCCUGGUUGUGUAUUGACAAUAUUGAAAUGCAAGUAUACACACAUAUACAUACACUGUAUGGAGUGUUGAAUUAAAUAUUUAGCAGUUGCUUAGAGGUAAAAAACACUGAAAAAUUUUGGUGAUAAAGGAAGCAGGAUCUCUAUUUCUAUAAGAAACCAUUUUAGUAUUUUAAUUUCUUGCAUUCUGUUAACGUAUUUCUGUUAUGAGGAAAUAAAUUUAUUUUCUUGUAUUAUUUCUAAGAGUGCAACAAAAUACUGCCUUUUAGAAACUCAGGGUUAUAAUUCUGACCUAUGUGCAAAGUAUUUCUAUCAUUUCUGAUUACGUAAAGAAUCUCAGAGGUAUCUGUGACAGAGAUGGAAGAGAGGUCACUAAAGGGAGGAAUAUUAACGAUAAACUGAGGCUAAUCUUUAUUUCUACUGCUUUUAGGAAGUUUUCUUUUUUAAGGAAAUUCUGUUUUGUGGUAAAUCAAAGAUAAAAAGUUAACUUUCAAAAAUUAGAACAAAAAAUUCCUAAGUAUUAGUGAUUCGUUUUGGCAAAAACAUGUAGUUACAAAAACAUUCAAAUGGACUUUGUGGUAACAAAAUUAAAAAUCAGCUCAUUUUAAUUGUUAAUUUAAUAAUUGCCACUGUUCUGAAAGGUUGUAGCAUGGCAUUAGAAGAAUGGAUAAAGUGGUCUUUAUGGUAACAAUAAUUUCUAAUAGGAAAUUACCCGUGGAGCUUCUGCAAAAUUUAAGCUUUAAAUAGCGCGUGCUCGUUUUGUCGUAUGCCUACUUCAGGUUACGUUCCUAUGCACGACUGGUUGCCUGGGGCAUGUUUUCUGAAGAUUUGAGUGGGAGGGAAAUGUCAAGUUUUUUCAUCAUCGUGUAUGUGAUGUCUGUGUUUU